AUGGCGAGCCCGGCGGAAGUGUUGGAUAAAGUGAUUAGAUCAAUGAGGCUGCCGCCGCGCACGUCGCUAGGCUGCACUCAGCCCAGCCCCCGCUGGCCUUGCCCCGCGAUGCACCCCGCCGUGGCGCUGCUCGGUCUGCUGCUGGCCAACGACACCGCGCUCCUCGACUGCGUCUGCAGCCGCAUCAACGAUGCCUUCGAACUCAGCGGCCUAGAGCCGCUCUCUAGCGGCGAACAAGUGAUGCACAGGCGGUUCUGUAGUGAGGGCUGGUCCUUCACGGUGGCGGAGGACUGCCGGGGGCUGGAGCCGCCGCCGGCCUGGCUGGCCGCCGUGGGGCGGCUGCUGCCCCAGGACUGGCUCCGCGGGCCGCCCCCGCCCGCAGGCGGGGGUGGGUGUGGCGGCGCCCUGGAGGGCCUCCGCCGCCUCACCGUCGACGAGCCCUUCGAGUUCGCCACGGCUCUGAGCUGCCGAAUCGCUGCCGACUGCGUCCACGCUUGCCCUGUACACGGGUUGGAAGACAUCGAAUGGAACGUGGGCACACUGAAAACAGAUGAUCUGAGGAAUAGCAUCCAAUCCCAGUUACUGCACGCUGUGCGGCGUAUCACAAGAGCCGGACAUGCCCGGCAUACUUGUUAUAUGGGACUUAAGUUUCCUGUGCAGCGCUUCAACAAAACUGAGUACUUGAAACAAUACUCCGACUACUGGCGAGACUCAGUGGAGCUGGUAUCACUUCGCGUGAGGCAUCUCUCAAAGCUGUUCGUUCCCCUCGCAUUCGAGCAGAUGGUUAAUCACACGACUGAUCAGCAACUUCAUCGAUGGAUUAAGGACAUGGAACGUGUGAAGGACAUGCUGGUUAUGAAAUUUAUGGGUUUGGUACAAGAUGUUCACUACGUUAGGGAGCAUAUUACGAACUACGAGAUAGAAGAAGACAAGAACAAGCGUGGGAAGUAUACUCUAAGGCGGCCGCUGUUGAGUGAUAGACUGUUGUACUAUGAGGAGCAGUUCCUCACCUUUCGUGAAGACUUUGGUGAUCUUUGUGAGGGGCAACAGCCGGAGGCAUCACAAAUGUUUGGCUUCGCUGACACACUGUACUCCCUCUAUCGCCACGACUGGUUGCGCCCUGUAAAGUUUAGAAGCUAUAUCGACGUUAUAGGAGAGCAACACAACAACAACACAUGUCAGCAGCAGACAAGACUGUGGGAAUGUGUUUGCAGUGGUUCACCAAGUAAUACACAGUAG